AACGAAGCUGUCUGUUCCACGCGGAAACAGCAGUCGAAAAUUGAAAAUCAGUUUAUAAACAAUGGAGCCUGAUGUUAUUCCUCUGUCCGAGCAAUCUGCCGAGAAUAAAGUGAUGCCAUUGGAAUCUAAUACAAAUGAUGAAGAGGACUUCGAUUUAGGAGCAAACGUUGUCCAGCUGCGUGUUACAGAUGGCAUUAGAGAACUUCAAACAGUUAUACGCGACAAGUCGACACCGCGGAAUGACUUCAUUUUCUAUGCUGACCGCCUUAUAAGACUUGUUGUAGAAGAGGGUUUGAACAAGCUUCCUUACAGAGAAUGUUCAGUGACAACUCCCACAGGUCAUACCUAUGACGGUCUUCGGUAUGAGAAAGGAAAUUGUGGUGUCAGCAUCGUUCGAAGUGGGGAAGCCAUGGAGCAAGGGCUGCGCGACUGUUGCCGGUCAAUACGGAUAGGGAAAAUAUUGAUCCAGAGUGACGAGGAUACUCACGAUGCCAAAGUGGUCUACGCAAAUCUCCCAAAGGACAUUCACCAACGCAAAGUUUUGCUGAUGUAUCCCAUCAUGUGCACAGGCAACACAGUGGUGAAAGCUGUCAGGAUCCUGGCCAUGCACAACGUCAAGCAGGAGAACAUCAUCUUGUUAAAUCUCUUCUGCACCCCUCAUGGGGCCAAAAAAAUCAUCGCCGAGUUCCCUGGCUUGAGAAUUUUGACUUCAGAAAUUCAUCCUAUUUCACCGAGUCAUUUCGGACAGAAAUAUUUUGGCACGGACUAAAGAUCUGCUUCAAGAUUCAUCUCAUUGCAGCCAGCAGGCAGUGGGAGGUCUAGACACGGGUCUGCAGUGUUAAACAUCCCCUGAAGCUAUCGGACAGCGGACAAGCAGUCAGGGGGACUCGAGUGUGUUCAAAGCAAUUGCAGAAUCAUUUGUUUGGAAAUUACGAUUUGGUCCUUAGAUUUAAAACAGCCUUGUCAAAGAGCCUGCUUCACCAGACCCGGACUUGUCAAGCGUGUGUGCAUCAGGCACUGGUUGAAUCGUGCUGUUGUUUAUUUACAAUUGAUAUUCCCUUCUAGUAAUGGAUGAUUCUGAUCAUAUGUUGUGUUCCACUUUGAAAAUUUGUCUAAAAUUCUCUAUCAGCAAUGUUUGUGUUUUCAAUCAAAUUUUUUAGUUUGUCUUCUGUCCUUUUCUGUAAAAUGAGAUAUAUCAGCCAUCUUGAGAUUCUAUUUUUAUGUAACCAAGCGACGAAAGAAAUCUCUCCACAUGUCAUAGAGUGAGGAAAGUUCCGAAUGUCUGGACAAGAUAGAUCAGGAACUGCCAGACUCAAAUUUGGCAGCUUCUUGUUUCCUAGCACAGUGCAGACAUGGUUUUGUUUUAAAUGAUUUACAACAUAAAGAUCUCAUUUGUCAAGUAUCGUAGAAUUAGGAUGUACCCGUGUCAAGUUUGAAGUGGUGUGGAUAAUUCGGAGCGGUGUGUGAAUGGAGAGACGUCGGCUACUCAGCCUCAAAUAUUUUCAGCAUCCGUCUUGUUUACUCAAAUCAAGAUUCACUAGUAAAGAUAUUGUGACAGGAGAAACUGUUUUUGUUCGUUAGAGUUUUACAAAAAUUUAGAUGUUAGUGGAGAGUUAACAAAUAACUCGCUGUUGUCCUGUGGUUGGCUCUCAUGUACUUUCUGUAUAGUGGUUGGCUCCUGUAGUUUCUGUAUAGUGGCUGGCUCCUGUACUUUCUGUAUAGUGGUUGGCUGUAUAGUGGCUGGCUCUCCUGUACUUUCUGUAUAGUGGUUGGCUCUCCUGUACUUUCUGUAUAGUGGCUGGCUCUCCUGUACUUUCUGUAUAGUGGCUGGCUCCUGCACUUUCUGUGUGUCACGACAAUCUAUCUCAAAGGCUCCACUGAAAUAAGGAGGAAUGGUUUAUUUUUACUUUCAGCUGCUUUUCCUGCAACCACUCUAGCACUUUGACCGUAAUUUUCACGUUGGGGGCAGGGUAACUCAUGUUGUCCAAAUAUGUUUGGUUUUACAGCUUUCCCUCUCCAAAGCUCUAUUCUCAAAGACAAAGUAUGUUUUCUUCUUCUAUCCUUACCACAAGUGGACAUAGGCCAAAAACAGCUGGACUUGACUGUGUCUGUUUUUGAUGAAUUUGAAAAUUUUGCUAGUAUUAUGUUUCUUCCUUUGCAGGUCUAGGUGACUGCUUUUCUUUAGAUUUGGACAAUUUUGGUGCUAUCAAUGUUUUUGGGAUAAACUGAUCUUUUCAUUUUAUCUUGCACGAUUCUACCUUCCUGGAGGGUUCCUCUUUUCUUGUGUAAAAAAAACUGGUGCA